AUGUUCAAAUCCGCACUUUCUCUGGUGUUUCUAGCGGCGUCGUCCCUCGCUGUUGACCCUGCUGCGGUCUACAGCGGCGGAUACUCCGGAGGCAGCGUCCAGCUUCGCAUUGGCAAUGGAGGGGCCGGCCAGAGUGGCUUGAUCAAGGCCUUGGCCGAUGCCUUCAUCCAGUCCAGCGUCAAGAACGGCUCGUCCCCUUUCAAGGUCGCCUGGUACAAGAGCGACACCACCGAAUCCAUCAACUACCUCAAGGACGACACCAUCGAUGUCGGCAUCACCUACACCCCCGCCGCGGAGGAUAUCGCCAUCAAGCAGGGCGUCGCCAAGCAGCCAGCCUGGUAUGCGUGGCGCGACCACUUCAUGCUCGUCGGGCCGCGUUCCAACCCAGCCCAGCUCAACAAGGCCGACGACAUCAAGACCAUGUUCUCCAACAUCUACGCCAUUGCAUCCGCGGGCGAUGCGGCCAACGUGACGACCCCCGUGCGCUUCCUGACACGCUACGAUAAGUCCGCGACCAACAUCAAGGAUUCCCAGCUGUGGAUCGAGAUCGGCCAGGUCCCGUGGGCAACAAAAUAUUCCACCUGGUACCACCAGUACAUCGCGUAUCCAAUCCAGGCGCUCACUGCGGCAAUCUUGCUGGAGGAAUACACCAUCACGGACCGCGGAACCUAUCUCUCCAUCGACCAGGAGCUUGCCAACAAGACGGUCAUCUAUAAGGCGGCCACGGACGAUGCGGCGGAUCCUCUGCUCAACCCUGCGCACAUGCUGGUUGGGAAGAAGGCCAGCAAUAUGAAAAAGGCCGAUGCGUUUGCGCAAUGGGUGAUCAGUUCGGAGGGUCAGGAUGUCAUCACGGGCUUCAAGAAGAAUGGGCAGCAACUGUACACGGCGGCGCCUGCUAACAAGACUGCGCCGUUCUGA